GGCAUAGUUUCUUGACGGAAUCGCGUAUACGCAAAAAAGAAAAGAAGAAUGGACCAGAGAACCAUCAAGUUGUUAAUAGUAGCUUUUACCGUUGUCGGAGUUAUUGUCGUUGUUGUUUCUUUUAAUAUUCAUGCCAAACUUGAAAACUCCCUCACGACUAAUCCUGGUAAUUGUUUUUUCAAUCCUGACACUAAUCGUCAAUUUAGCUCCUCAUAUCGCGUAAUAAAGCGAAACUAUGAAGAUUCUACAGAAAGCGACAAUGCCGAAGAGGAUAGAAUCAAAAUGCUUUGCUGGACUUUGAAUAAAAAUUGUUAUUGCUUUUCUACACCAACCAACAAGUCCUAUAAUUGGUAUGAAGCAAAUCAAUACUGUAAAGGAGGGAGUAUGGCUCUCCUGAGUCUUGAAAAUGAAGACGAGGAUCGGCUAGUCUACAAACACAUUAAAUCAACACCAGCAUUGGACAGCGAAUUGUACUGGACAUCAGGACAACAUAGUCUAAGAUGGGAGUGGGUCGAUGGCAAAUCAAUCAAUUACACAAAUUGGAAAACGGGGAAAUCGGAUCCUAACGAGGAAAUUAAAAACGAAGCCUAUUUAUAUCUCGACACCAGUUACGAUUUCGAAAGUGGAUAUUGGUUUGCGUCCAAUAACUCACGUUUACUUCAAUCUAGCGAUAAUUCGUCGUUCUCCCGGCCUAUGAGUUUCAUCUGCGAAUCAUAAAUGGCUUAUCUAAAUACAACAAUUUUACUUUUUGUUUUUCUCAAAGGACUUUUUUCUUGUACGGUUAUCUAAGAA